GUCGCUUAGAAAAGAGACACUCAGAGUGUGCAAACACGCUCCAGUACUGUUAGCGCUCUGCAGGGAGCAUCACUCACCCUCAAGACUUGGGACUCUAAAGACUGUAAUUCACAACUGAAGGCCUGGUCAUCAGUGUGGUCGUCAUGGCGACUGCCCAGCCACCUAAUGGACUAAAACACAGGAGCAUCACAGCCUUUACAGCGAGUGACACCUCCAGUCUUGUGGGCACUGGAGAUGAUGUGCAGGUGGAAGACGUGGCACAGUGGAACAAACAUGCAAAGAGAGUGAAGCAGAAGAUCCUGCGGCAGGUCCAGGAUCAGCUGAGUGACAUUCUAGACAACGCUCUGACUGAACCUGCCUGUGCAGUGGUUACUAAUGGAAAGAAAAAGAGUUCAUCCAGGAUGGACGAUGGCAAAGUGUUCACUGAGCGAGCAUCGCUGCUGGAUGAGCUGUUUGAGAUCAGCCACAUCAGGACCAUUUACCACAUGUUUGUUGCCGUGCUGCUCAUCUUCUGUCUGAGCACCUUGGCUGUGGACUACAUCGAUCAGGGCAGGUUGGUUCUGGAAUUUGACCUGCUCUUCUAUGCCUUCGGGAAGCUGGCAACAGUCACCUGGGUGUGGGCGCUGAUGUUUGCCUACACCCUGCUCCUCCCAUACCAAGCCAUACUCUUUUGGGGAGCUUCUUACCACCGCUCCACCUCCAAGCUGGGGCUGUCUUUAGGGACAGGUCUGGUUCUGGCUGCUCUCCAGACCUCCGUUCUGGGACUGUUCCCCAUCUACAUGGUGGUAGACCACCAGCUGCCACCAGCCUCACGUUUCAUUGUUAUACUGGAGCAGAUUCGAUUCCUGAUGAAGAGCUACUCAUUCGUGAGGGAGUCCGUCCCUGUCAUCAUGAAGGCCGCGCCCAAAGAAGGAGAGAAUGUCAGGUUCCCAACACGCUCCAGUUAUCUCUACUUCCUCUUCUGUCCGACGCUCAUCUACAGAGAAUCGUAUCCCAGGAACACGCACAUACGCUGGAAGUAUGUUGCCGUGACUCUGACCAUGAUCUUUGGCUGCCUCUUUUAUGGCUACUUCAUCCUGGUGCGCCUUUGCGUGCCGGUCUUCACAUCUGACACCAACCAGCCUUUCAGCAAGCGAGCCAUGGUCCUCUCUGUUUUCCAUUCAAUACUACCAGGUAUCAUGCUGCUGCUCUUGUGCUUCUUCGCCUUCCUCCACUGCUGGCUCAACCUCUUCGGGGAGCUUCUUCGCUUCGCUGACAGAAUGUUCUACAAGGACUGGUGGAACUCCACGUCUUUUACCAACUACUAUCGGACCUGGAAUGUUGUGGUGCAUGACUGGCUCUAUUACUACGGCUACAGGGACUUCCUCUGGCUGUCAAAAAGAAAAUCCCGCACAGCCGCCAUGUUGUCCGUCUUUGUGGUGUCUGCCAGCGUGCAUGAGUACGCCUUGGCUAUGGGCUUUGGCUUCUUCUACCCUGUCAUGUUCUUCCUCUUUGCCAUCUUUGGAGUGGUGUUCAACUUCACCAUGAACGACAAGCGACAGAAUCCCGUGUUCAACAUCAUCAUGUGGGCGUGUCUCUUCCUGGGCCAAGGUGUGCAGGUGUGCCUCUACUGUCAGGAGUGGUAUGCCCAGAUACGAUGUCCCCGCACCGGGAAUAGUGUGUGGGAGUUAGUGACGCCUCGCUCGUGGUCCUGCAGCCAGCAGAGAUGAACAUGAAGGACGCAGUUGUGACGGAAUCAACCAUUUAUGCUCACAGACUCCCUUUUAAGUGUGAGUAAAGCUCACAUUUUUGCCGAUGAAACACUUGAUAUAAAUUAGUCAGAGUACAGCUGGUGUAAUCAUUCAAAUAAGUCAAUGCAGAAAUGUGAGUAAGUGACUUUUUCCUGAAGAAAAGUCAUCGAUACACAUUUAGUGAGCUGUUUUUAAGAUGUGUAGCAAAGCCUACUUUAUUCCAUGAAGUGGUGGGCGUUUACUUUCUACUUUUUAUGUGUAUUGGAUCGUAUUGGAUUGUGUGGUAAAGGUUGUACCUGAAUGCAUGAAUGCUGAAGUCAUGCAGGAGAUGGACUGUAUAAAUACUGCAUAAAUGUACUGUAUAUUGGUGUAUUUGCCAAUAAAGUCUGUCUUUUCUUC